UCCACUUCUCAGUUCUCACCAGUUACCACCUCCUUCUAUACAACAAGACAAAGUCCCAUGACUCCACCGCGUUUUGCAAGUUGUUUUUAGCCCAAAGUGACCAGAGGUUUCUGCCUUCUCUGCCUCACCCAUCAUCUUUCUCUGUCUCCAUCUUCCUCAUAAACCCUAAUAAUUUUCAAUUUAUAUCCUCACAAUCCAACUCUCAUAGCUCUUUUUUUUUGUGACAAAAGGUCUCUGAAAACCCUAGCCUUUUUGGUCCACUAGACCACGUGAUCGUUUCUGAUUAUACAGCGAUAGAUACAACAAAGAAAUGGAAGUGAUCGGGAAGGAUGAUCUGAAGACUCCACUUUUGCUACCCUCUGAUGGUGUUGCAGCCACUGUUUCUCAGCCAAGUCAUGAUGGAGAUAUGAAAAUUGAGACGAUUACAUUCAAAGUAAGUGGCAUCAAGCAUGCAUCUUGUGCGACUUCUAUAGAAUCCAAGAUUGGGAAUCUGAAUGGAGCCGCGAAUGUAAUGGUAUCACCACUUCAAGGCCAGGCUAUUGUUCGAUACAUGCCAGAACUCCUUACGGCAAACACAAUAAAAAAAGCUGUGGAAGACAUUGGUUUUCAAGUUAAUGAGUUUCCAGAGCAAGACAUAGCGGUUUGCAGGCUCAGAAUUAAAGGAAUGGCAUGCACGAGCUGCUCUGAGUCUGCUGAACAUGCACUUUCAAUGGUUGAUGGAGUGAAAAAAGCAGUGGUAGGUUUAGCUCUGGAAGAAGCAAAAGUACACUAUGAUCCAAAUGUCACCAAUACUGAUCGUAUAAUUGAAGCAGUAGAAGAUUCUGGCUUUGGAGCUGAUCUCAUAAGCUCAGGGAGUGAUGUCAAUAAGGUGCAUCUAAAAUUAGAAGGAAUUGGUUCUAUUGAAGAUUUGACUGUUAUUCAAUUCUCACUUGAGUCAUUGGAAGGUGUGAAUCAUGUUGAGAUGGGCUUUGAAGAGCAUAUAGUAAGCAUCAGCUAUGACCCAGACCUCACUGGUCCAAGGUCUCUUAUACAGACGAUCCAAGAAGCAGGCCGUGAGCCCAACUAUUAUCAGGCAAGCUUAUUCAUCGCAUCAGGACGACGAGAAACAGAGAGACAACACGAAAUCCAGCUAUAUAGAAACCAAUUUCUGUGGAGCUGUCUAUUUUCAGUUCCAGUAUUCAUUUUCUCCAUGGUACUUCCAAUGCUUCCUCCUUAUGGUAACUGGUUGGACUAUAAGAUUAACAACAUGCUCACUGUUGGGAUGCUUUUAAGAUGGAUCCUGUGCACACCUGUGCAAUUCGUCAUUGGCCAGAGGUUUUAUGUGGGAUCAUAUCAUGCACUGAGACGGAAAUCAGCUAACAUGGAUGUUCUGGUUGCACUGGGCACUAAUGCUGCUUAUUUCUAUUCUGUAUACGUAGUUAUAAAAGCGUUGACUUCAGAGUCAUUUGAGGGGCAAGAUUUCUUCGAGACUAGUUCCAUGUUGAUAUCUUUUAUUCUCUUAGGAAAAUAUUUGGAAGUGGUGGCCAAAGGAAAGACGUCAGAUGCUUUAGCAAAGUUGACAGACCUUGCGCCUGAUACAGCUUACUUGUUAACAUUGGAUGGUGAUGGAAAUGUUAUUUCAGAGAUGGAAAUCAGCACUCAGCUGAUACAAAGGAACGACGCACUGAAGGUUGUUCCGGGGGCAAAGGUUCCUGUUGACGGGAUUGUUAUUGAUGGCCAGAGUCAUGUGAAUGAAAGUAUGAUCACCGGAGAAGCAAGGCCAAUAGCUAAAAGGCCUGGCGACAAGGUAAUUGGUGGUACCAUGAAUGAGAAUGGAUGCUUACUGAUUAAGGCCACUCAUGUUGGUUCAGAGACUGCACUUUCACAAAUAGUUCAAUUAGUUGAAGCUGCUCAGCUUGCCAGAGCUCCUGUGCAGAAGCUAGCUGACCAGAUAUCAAAAUUUUUUGUACCUACUGUUGUUGUUGCCGCAUUUAUAACGUGGCUGGGGUGGUUUAUUCCUGGAGAAGCAGGGAUUUAUCCUAAGCGUUGGAUACCAAAGGCCAUGGAUGGAUUUGAGCUUGCAUUGCAGUUUGGUAUUUCAGUGUUGGUGGUUGCCUGCCCAUGUGCUCUGGGAUUAGCAACUCCUACUGCAGUCAUGGUUGCUACAGGGAAGGGUGCUUCACAAGGUGUACUCAUCAAGGGUGGAAAUGCGAUUGAGAAGGCAUAUAAGGUGAAAAUUGUUGUCUUUGACAAAACAGGGACAUUGACAAUUGGAAAACCAGCAGUAGUUAGUGCUGUGCUCUUUUCAAACAUUUCUAUGGAAGAGUUCUGUGACAUGGCCGUUGCUGCAGAGGCAAAUAGUGAGCACCCUGUAGCAAAAGCUGUAGUGGAGCAUGCUAAGAAGCUAUGCCAGAAGCUUGGAUCCAAAACUGAGCACUUCACUGACGUAAAGGACUUUGUGGUGCACCCAGGAGCAGGGGUGAGUGGAAAAGUUGGAGACAGAGAAGUCUUGGUUGGGAACAAGAGGCUUAUGAGGGAUUGCAAUGUUCCAGUUGGUCAUGAGGUUGAGGACUACAUUUCAGAGAAUGAGCAACUUGCUCGUACUUGUGUGCUAGUUGCCAUUGAUGGUAGAGUUGCUGGAGCUUUUUCUGUGACUGAUCCGGUGAAACCUGAGGCUGCUCGUGUCAUAGCUUAUCUCCACUCUAUGGACAUCUCAAGUAUCAUGGUGACUGGUGAUAACUGGGCAACUGCAACUGCAAUUGCGAAGGAGGUUGGAAUCCAGAAGGUUUUUGCUGAGAUGGAUCCAUUAGGAAAAGCCAAUAAGAUAAAAGAUUUACAGAUGAAAGGUACCACUGUGGCUAUGGUGGGAGAUGGAAUAAACGAUUCACCAGCCUUAGUUGCAGCUGAUGUUGGCAUGGCCAUUGGUGCUGGCACUGAUAUAGCAAUAGAAGCAGCUGACAUAGUUCUCAUCAAAAGCAACUUGGAAGACGUAGUUACAGCAAUAGAUCUCUCUAGAAAGACGAUUUUCCGUAUCCGGCUUAACUAUGUCUGGGCACUUGGCUACAACGUGCUUGGCAUGCCAAUUGCUGCCGGAAUUUUAUUCCCUUUCACUGGAAUCCGUUUACCCCCUUGGCUUGCUGGUGCUUGCAUGGCUGCGUCAUCCAUUAGCGUGGUUUGUUCAUCACUCCUCCUGCAGUCAUACAAGAAGCCUUUGCACGCUGAUGGUGCUUGAGGGCCAGUUAACUAAACAAAUCCUGUUAGAAUUUGCAUCCCGGAGAUUCUUAACCAUUCUAGCUUUAGAAUUCUGUUUAGUUCAGCAGCAUCUGUUGUGAAUUGACUGGUUAUUUGCAUCACUUUAUUGGUACAGAGUCGUGUAACAAAGUUUUGCAAACAAAAUAAUGUCAAAUUCUAAAUCCUUGAUUUGGAGAUAUCAACUCAUCUUAAGAAGGGCUUUUGUUAGCAUAGACUGCUCUUAUACUCGUAUGAUCUUUUCACUGAUAGUGUAAGAUUGCAGAAGGUUUGAUGUUAACACAUGCUAGCUAUUCUCUGGUAUCAGUUACCAAAUUAUGGUAAGCUUUUGGUUUUAUUUUAUCUAUAUCGUGAUUUCUGAUUUAUUUUACUAGAUG